UUUCAUACAGAGGAGGAUAUCGACGUCCGGCGCGUUGACGUGCACGAGCAGAGCGGAUACGACCUUUAAUACACAGCCAAACACAGGAAGUACGUCGGCGGCGGCAACACCCCCCCCCGUCGGUUUAACACACAGCUUUGCACUCGCAACGCCCAAUCAUGUUUGGCUCCAACGCAUUUGGAUCGGAACCCAGCCGGCGACCCUGAGACACCCCGAUCGGCUGUUCAAUGAUCGAUUAGUCAAUUAGUUAAUUAGUCGACGGAGAUGGCGGGAGAACUGUACCCACAAGAGUCCAUUCAUAAUUUCAUUGAGAAGAAUGUCAUCAUCGAGAAGCCGCAAAGGUACGUGUCCAAGUUCCGGCCAAUCAUUCUGGAAGAGGCCAGGUCAACAAACAACAUGAAAACCAUGGGGCCAAGCAGGGUGGAAAUGCCAGUCCCGGCCAAUUUCCUGAAAAAACACUCCAAAGAACCCAAACUGCCUGAGAUCAAACAGCACGUCAGGAGUCACUGCACCUGCACAACCAAGAAACCUGCCGUCCCUUCCGGGCCCUUUCUGCCGCCCGUUGGCGUCCCUACAAAAAGGAAGACAACCACACCCAAGGUGCCCAAACAACCUCCCUGUGUCGUUGACUCAAGCAAGGGAUACAAGGAGGUCCAUAAUAGAAACUCAGGUCUUGUCCCUGCGUACAUAAGAAAAAAGGAUUAUGGGGAGGUGCCCAACUAUUUGAUGCGACGUAAAGCAAAGCAUCAAAAAGCUCUGGAGGAGUACAACAUUAAUUUGAAGAAGCAGGAAGAGCACGAAACCAUGAAAUACCUCUCGGAUAAGGAGUGUCAAGCCAUCAUUCAGGACCUGAAGAUCAAAUACAAUGAGCUGAACACGGAGUACCAGCGCCUCCCGUUCAUAAUCGACACCCCAUCAAUGAAAACCCGCAAAAUGCGCCUGGAGGUGGAAAUGAAGCAGCUGGAGGAUGACAUUAAACUCCUCGACAGGUUGGAGACCAUCUGCAAAAACAAGUAGCGUGUGGAUGUCCCAGGAAGGUGUCGACCAUCCAUGUCAUCUACUGAACUCAACUUGUGGACACUUCAAACGUCGUGGCAUGUGGAUACGAAACGAUCCAUGACAGGAAAUUGCUGUUUGUUCUUGUGUCGGAGUUUGUUCCAUCGCUUAAUGUUGUCCCUUUUCCCCAGCAGAAAAACGGGGCGUACCUUGUCCCGGGCAGCUCCGGCAUUGUUGGUUCUGGUUAAAAAUGUGUUUUUUACAUUCUGCUAGAUGUGGGCUUUGCACACUAUUUUAACUAUUCCUCUUUUUUUAGGAAGAUGUCAUGGGGUUGUUAUACAAUUCAGUCCGAGAAGCUGAAAUGCACCAAUAGCUAUUGUCUAAAGGCCUCCUACUUCACUCUGGCUCCACAGGUCAUUUUGGGGGGAUUGACCUCAACAAAAUGACACGGUUGAGUAAGCCAGUUGUAUUUUUUUAUCAUUAUCGUUGGUUAUAUUUUUGCCAUUUGUAAAGAGAUGAGCUAUAAUGCACUGUAGGUAUUAUGAGUAUAACUUAUGUAACAAUAUGUAACAAAAUGCUCUUAUGUUUUGAUAGCAAAGAAGCAAUAAACAAGACUUUUGCUCACUUUUAUUGCAAACCUGGAUAAAGCACAGGUCCAUACAAUAGCAGUGAGUGGAUUGUA